GUUUGUUUCUGCCCUGUUUGAAGUGCUGGAAUUGUGUGUUCUAAUGUAUUCAUGGCCUGUGUUUAGUGUUUUUGUGCAGUGUUUGUCCACCCAGCCCCUCCCUACUCUGUUUCUCCACAAGGCCGUCGCCAUGGAGAUCUCUGUAAACUGUAAACAGAGCCAGUGAUCACAUAUCCCAGGCCAGGCUGCUGGUGUCCUCCUCUUCCUAGAGGUCUCCUCCACUGCACCUGUUUACUUUACAUACCACCCCCUGCUCCCAACAUGAGGGACCUGCUCACAACCAGGAACCAGAACUGCUGGAAGGAGCUCAUUGAAAAGGAGACAUUAACCAGGAUGACCUGGAAGCUGAAACAUAGCAAGGAAAACCCAAGACCACAGCAACCAGAGUCCACCAGAAAGAGGAGACAGGUUUUUAUUCCCCAGGUAGAGACCACCCUCCCUCCUCUGGUUAAUACAACCCAGCCGUUGGUGAGCAGGACCGAGAAGACAGACUAUGACCACAUGGAUACCCUGGACCUGGCUGAAAUGAGACCAGUCACUCCUCGCACCUCCCGCGUUCUCUAUGAUGGCUUCUCCAAGGAGGGGAAGGGAAGGUCCCUGUAUCUGAAGAAGAGGAAGCAGUUUGGCCCAGAAGAAAAGUAUCUAUACCCAUUAUUGUCCUCUUGGGAUUAUGGCUGGAGGUUAGAUGACGUAGUGAAGGAAUUCAAGGCUCCGAACCAUGGAAGAUCCAGGAUAGUGAAAGACACAUUUUACACCAGGAAUGGAAUCCUUUCUGUCCCAGCAAACACUGACAGAAUGCUGUGACAUCCCAGCUGGCUGCUUCUGUGUGCGGUUUACACUUUGUACUAACUUAGUUACCUGUCUUGCUGCUAAAGCUUAACUGAACCGUCACAAUGUAAAUGGCUGGGUGAGAAUUGACACCAGAUUAGCAAUGUAAUUAAAUGUUUCUGUGCAUACUCGAGUGACUUAAA